CUGUCUCUGGAGGGCCCGGCCCGCCCCUCGGAGGCCACGACGUUUCCGCGGGCCCUUCCCUUUCCGCCCUCUUCUCCUGUCCCGGAGAAGGAGGAGGAGGGAGAAAACUAGAAAGUCAGCAAGAGCCCCGCCUUCCUCAUUCCAAAGUUCCCAGGGUGGUUUUUAGAACGUCUCCGCCGUCCCGCGCGGCUAGCGAGGACACAGCAUGAAGCCCGACGGAAAGGUGGUGCUGCUGGGGGACAUGAACGUGGGCAAGACCUCGCUGCUGCACCGCUACAUGGAGCGGCGCUUCCAGGACACUGUCAGCACCGUCGGCGGCGCUUUCUACCUCAAACAGUGGGGGCCCCACAACAUCUCCAUCUGGGACACGGCAGGUCGUGAGCAAUUUCAUGGCCUUGGGUCUAUGUACUGUCGAGGAGCAGCAGCUGUUAUCCUUACAUAUGAUGUAACCAAUUUACAGAGCAUUGUGGAACUUGAGGAUCGGUUUCUGGCAUUGACAGACACUGCCAGCACAGACUGCAUCUUUGCCAUUGUUGGGAACAAAGUGGACCUCACAGAUCCUCAUCUUCUGCCAGAAACAGAAGAUGAAUGUCAAUCUGAGAAGCCUAUAAAUAGCUGCAUUUCUGCCAAGAUGAAAAAGCAAGUCCAUGGGGACGAUGCCAUUGCACUUUAUAAGAAGAUCCUGAAAUAUAAAAUGUUGGAUGAGAAGCAUGCUCCAGCAGCAGAAAAAAUGUGUUUUGAAACCAGUGCAAAAACUGGAUAUAAGGUAGACCAUCUCUUUGAAACUGUAUUUGAGAUGGUGGUACCAGUUAUGUUACAACAGAAAGCUGAAGGGUCACCACAAACGGUAGACUUAAGUAAUUACAAGACAUCCAAAAACACACCAUCUAGCUGCUGCAGAUAAGCCAUUAAUGUGAGUUUUUCCACACUAAUUUGAAGGAUAUUUAAGUGGUGAAGCCCACCGUACGAAAUAACUCUCAAGAUCUAUGUGAUGAGCCAUAUUUUGUUGCAGACUAAAUCUUUUGUAGAACUUGAUUUGAAUAAAAGAACUAUGUCACAGAUGCAGAGGUUUUAAGUGGAGGAGAGCUCAGGACAAUAGCUUUUUUAAAAGUAAGGCUUCCAUAUGAGGUGGUUCUUUUAAAACUUUUAAACUGAGUUCAUUGCUGUCUUUUCACAUAAAUGUAUCUUGCUGAUCUAUCACUGCUUUUUUAGAUGCAUCUUUGCUUUCUGUUUUAGUAGUACUAUUUUGCUUAUAGUUGCAUAGUAAGGAAGAGCUGCUAACUUGUGCUUAAGUACUUUUCAGGAAAGAUGCAGGUGAGGUUUGAACACAUGGGGUGUCUGCACAGCAAAAAGAGAAGCGGUUACUCAAACUUGUAGCACCGCUGGCUUCAAACUAGUUCUCUCAUUCAUAAGGUAGAAGCCAUCAUUGGCAGGGAAAGCAAGGGGUCUCUUAUAAUGAAGGCACUAAAUAGAAUUGCAGUCUUGUGACACUUGAGAUCAAGCUGGGAUGGAGUAGACUAGAUAUUUGUUCUUAGUUGAAUGAAUUAUAACAUUGCUGUCUGAGAUUCAAACUUCUUGACCAGCAGGAAGUAUAAGAAAGGAGAGAAUUUACAAAGUCUGUUUGGAAUUUUGAUGUCUUCACUCUUCCUCUGCAUUCAAUGGUACUUGGAAGGAUUGAUGGAUAACUUGUGUUGUCACCAUGCAUCUUAUUUCAGACUUAUGGGGCCCCAGAGAGAGAGAGCACAGGAUCUUUGAGUUAGGUCAUGAGAACAGUCAUUAUAUCCUUGAAUCAUAAGAGAAGUCUGUAAAAUGUUCUUAGGUUACUAGGGAUGGAAAUCUGAUAGAGUCAUUCGGAUGCACUGUAAUUCAUACUGCAGACUUAUAGUAUAAAUGUUAUACUGUAAUAUAACAUGUAUAUUAGCAUACAGACCAGCCUGACUGGUAGCACAUGGGGCAGACUCCUGUCCCUUUCAUGGAUGAAAGCAGCAUAACCAAAAGCAGAGUGGUUGUGGUAGGAAAUAUGAGCUAAAUGGGACAGAAACUACCUUGUAAGAGUGGAGUAGGAGAUCAUGACUUGGUGGGGAGAAACGUGAGCUGAAAUGAAAAUGACAGGUUUGAUUUUUAUAAAAUGAGUGUAUGUUUAUGGUGGUGGGGGGUGGCUGUAAUACAAGCUAAGGGCGAACUCUUUGCUGGAUAGCAAAGGGAGUUGGGUGGCUUAUAGGAACUGAGAUUGUGCGCCACUGAGACAGCAGAGUUUGAUAUUGUGCAAUACACUGUGGCCUGCCCUGCAACCGGUUGGGGCAAGUUAUACAUCUAAAUAAAGAGCUAACACUCAUCCUACCAAAAAAUGAUUUUACUUUG